AUGGCAGCGAUGCUGAACACACCGACCAAAAGCCAGCACCCGCUCCACAAGCUCAAUAUUCUCAAGCUGCUCAAGCCAUCCGCCGCAGCAGCCGCUGCCCAACAUGGUUAUAAUUAUCACGCGUACGCGUAUCCGUAUGGGUACUAUGCCGUGCAGCCACAGGCUGCUGUAGCUCCCCCGGCUGCAGCUUCCCCGGCUGCUGCUCCCCCGGCUGCAGCUUCUCCGGCUGCUGCGACCGUUCCACCUGCAGAUUUGGCUGCUGCUACAACCCCCGCAAAGCUCCGCACCCUCGCAGUGAAAUUCAAAACGCCCAGGCAAACUACCCGUAAAGCCAAGUCAGCAGCACCCGCAGCACCUGCAGCACCUGCAGCACCCGCAGCACCCGCAGCACCUGCAGCACCCGCAGCACCCGCAGCGCCCGCAGCGCCCGCAGCGCCCGCAGCGCCCGCAGCGCCCGCUGCCAUCGAGACAGCGCUGCCUUCGUCCUCGUCACGAAGGCUGCAGCCACGAUCUGCUUCAGGUUCGGAUGUUGACUCUCCCACCAAUUCCGAAGGCGACGACGUUGACUCUUUGCAACUUGGCAUCGAAAUGGCUGCGCGUCGCAAGUUGACGCACUCUGCCAUUGAACGCCGGCGUCGUGAUCGUAUUAACGACAGGUUCCGGGCUCUCAGGUUGGCCGUCCCUGCUUCCACUCGCGCUUCUGACGGCCCCGCGAUUGCAUCUUCCAAGGUUUCAAUUUUGCAAAACGCAAUCACCUACAUCGAAACCUUGCGCGGCCAGGUCAGCCAACUCCAACAGCAACUCCAAUUGGCAACUUCCCAAACUGGGCCAACCAAUCAAGACGCUUAGCGGAGUGUGUGAUUACAAACAUAUUUUCUUGUUCUCGUUCUCGUUCUCGUUCUCGAUGCUGCUUUUCCCCCAAUCCACCCUGUUCUGUUCUAUACAAAUCACAAAAAUGGUCACGAUCGCCCCAGU